AUGGCGUCGAACACGAACUGGCCGCUCCAGGAAGAGCAGGCCGCUCGGAAGCAGACGUCGACCGUCGGUGUGUCAGAGUUUGAUGAUGCGGAUAGUGUGUUGGAGAAGAACGAGACGCUGGUCGUCGGUACGACAAAUCUCUAUGAGAAUGGGCAGUUGAGGUUGAUUCCUAUGCCAACGCCCGAUCCCAAGGAUCCAUUGAACCUUCCUGCUUGGCGCAAGUGGACAGCCAUCGGUUUUGGCGCCCUCGCCCUCUCAGCAGAGGUUGUCAUCGGUGGUCUCCUCCCCAUCUUCAUCCUCGAAUACUCCGGCGUCGAUCCCCAUGUCAUCAACACCUUCGACUUCAAGAAGGCAAGCGGUGGCAGCGGCCUCAACAUCAACCCCAUGUCCGUUGUCCCGGCCGGCGUCAAACCCGCCUCUCUCGAAGAGGUCUCGCUGCUGGCCACCAUGCCCCUACUGGCGAACGGUAUCGCGAGUUACUUCCUCGUGCCAACAUCCAUCUGGAUCGGUCGCCGACCCGUUCUACUGUUCGCCGCUACCUCUGCCUGGGCUGGUGGUCUGUUUGCCGCGUUCAGCACCAGUCUGCACCAGCAUCUACUUGCGAGAGCGCUGAUGGGUCUGGGUGCUGGCGCCGUGGAGGCGUUGAUCCCCCUGAUUGUUCAGGAUAUGGUCUUUAUCCACCAGAGGAACAAGGCAAUGUCGGCCGUUGUCUCUAGUCAGGGUAUCAUCAUCAUUGGGUUGGGAGUUGCGGCCCCUUGGGUGUCUGCCAACUACACCUGGAGGUGGAUGUACUACAUCACCUCGGGCUUGGGUAUCUUGGCAUGGGCUCUUCUCAUCGCCUUCCUACCCGAGACUAGGUGGACCAGGUCUCAGGCGGAGCUCAGUGGCCAGAAGAUCUUCCCCCUUGCCCCUGGCCAAAACCGACCCGAGCUCGACUUCACGACCUUCACCCCGCGCACGACCUGGACCAACAUCGGCGUCUUCCAGAACGGCUUCGAGUUCAAGCGCGCCGCAAAGUCCAUGUUCGACGCCCUCCGCUCCACCUACUUCCCCGCGAUCAUCUGGGCUGUCCUCGCCAACAGCAUCAUGAUCGUCAACAACCAGGCCGCGCAGCAGAUCACGCCAUUCGCGCUGCUUGCUCAGGGCUGGGAGUUCCAGUGGACUGGUCUCACCGUGCUACCCUUCUUCCUGGCCUCCGCGCUGGUGUAUGUCUUUGGUGGUCCGGUGGCUGACAAGAUGUCCAACGCGGUGACGAGGUGGAAUGGUGGUAGUCGUGAGCCGGAGCAUCACCUCGCCAACCUUGUUUUGCCGCUUGUCACUGGUGUGGCGGGAUGCUUUAUAUUCGGAACGGCGGGUGAGAGGAACUUCCACUGGAGCGUUCUCCUCGUAGGCUCGUUCUUGAUCGUCUUUUUGUUCCUUAUGACCAUGACCAUCCUCAGCGUUUUCAUUGUGGAAAGCUACCCACAGUGGGCAGGGCCGGUGCUCGUUAACGUCUCGUCCCUGCGCAUCGUCAUCGCAUUCUUCCUAGCCUCAAAAGCCACGAUCUGGAUCGCGGAGAAGGGACCCAUCCAAACUUUUGCCCUCUACGCGGAGACCAUCAUCGUUCUGUCCCUGGGUCUGCCAGUCCUGUAUUUCUGGGGCAAGAAGAUGCGGCAGUGGACAGCUGGCAGUGUCAAGACCAAGCCAAGCGAGAAGGAGAAGGCGUUUGACGACGGUGCCUCUGUUUGA